GUGGGUAUAAAACGAACCUACGCUGCACUGGGGACACGCAUUCCACUGGUCUCCGUCACCAACUGAAGACUGCACCAUGAAGAUGUGGAUGCUGGCGCUCGCUGUCGUGGCGGCAGUCAACGCUGCCGAUAUGCCCAUGCCCUAUGACUACGCAUACGGAGUCAACGGGGAGGUAACGGGGGAUAUUAAAGCACACAAGGAGACAACGAAUCCGGAAGGCCGCACAGAGGGAGAAUAUCGUUGGUUGCAGCCAAAUGGACUCUACAUAGUAACUCGUUACUUCAUUGAUGGCGAGAGUGGGUAUCAAGCAACUGUUAGUGAAGAAGAAGGCCCCAGCAUAGCUAACUUCUACUCAAAUAGUCAAGAUUUACCAGUUACAAAUUUGCUCAGUCAAAUAAGCCAGCAAACCGUUAGCUCUCAACAGAACUUUAACUCUCAACAAAGUUCUGGGUCCCAGCAGAGCUUUGGGUCACAGUUUACUGGAAGUCAGUCAAAUGGUUUCAGCCAGACAGGGCCAAGUGGUGUGCGUCAAGCAGGAUUAGCUGGUCAGCGAUUGGCAGGAUCCAAUACUUUUAGUCAAAGCGGUACAAAUGCUAAUAUUGGGCAAUCAGGAUCAACUGGUUUCAACCAGGCUGGACUAAGUUCUACGUCACGUCAAACAAGUUCAUCCACUUUUAGCCAGACACAAUCAAGUGGACUAGUGUCAGGAUCAAAUAGAUUUAGUCAGACAGGAUCUGUGAAUACCAACCCAACAGGAACAAGUGGUCAGCGUUUGGGUGGAUUAAGUGGCAUCACUCAAACUGGAUCAGCUAACCAAUUCAGUCAGACAGGCACUCUUGGUCAACGUGUUACUGGAUCAAGUAGCUUCAGCCAGUCAGGAUCAAGAGGGCAAGUGACUGGAUCAGCUGGUUUCAUCCAAAGGGGAUCAAGUGGUCAACGUGUGUCUGGACCCACCAGCUUCAUUCAGACUGGACAAAAUGGUCAAAGUGUGCCUAGUCCAACCAGCUUCAGCCAAUCAGGGUCAAGUGGUCAACUGACUGGAUCUGCUGGCUUCACCCAGACAGGGUCUAGCAGUCAACGUGUGACUGGUUCAACCGUUCAGUCUCGGAACAGGUCAGGUCAGUGUACUGGAUCAACGGUUUCACCCAAGCAGGUCAAGUGGUCAACGUUGUGGCUGGAUUCAACGUUCGAGUCAGUCGUGGAAACAAGUGGUCAGUUGUCUGGAUCAGCUGGUUUCACCCAGACAGGUUCUAGUGGUCAACUUGUGGCUGGAUUCAACCAAGCUGGAUCAAGCAGUCAGCGUGCAACUGGAUCAAGUGGUCAGCGUGUGACUGGAUCAACCAGUUUCUCUCAAGCAGGAUCAAGUGGUCAACGUGUAACUGGUUCAACUGGCUUCAGUCAGUCUGGAUCAGCUGGUCAAGUGAAUGGACCUGCUAGCUUCACCAGACAGUUUCUAGUGGUCAGCGUUUGACUGGUCAACUUUUAGCCAAUCUGGAUCAAGUGGUCAGUUGUCUGGAACAACUGGCUUGACCCAGACAGUAUCAGGUGGUCAGCGUGUGAGUGGAUCAACCAGUUUCACCCAAGCAGGAGCAAGUGG